AGCCCGGCUUCACUUGGGGGUUUCUCCACCAAGGUCUAACCCCCAGCAGAUGCCUCCAGCCGGAGCCGGCGGUGGCUGCGCCGGGGGGUGCCCGUGGGCUGCACAUGGUGAAAGCCCACGUUGGAGCCCAACAAUAAGUUAUGGAGAGGGGAACCCUGUGCGCUGGGGGAGCGGGAGGUGGGUGGCGUGAGGAGGUGCAAACAAAGCGGCCCCUUUCCCUGCCGGGAGUAUCCCAGCCUGCUCCAAGGUGCGGGACGGAGCCGGGCUGGGAGAGGAGGAGGGUCGGGAAGUUUGCAGGGAUCCUGAGCUCCUGCGCUGCUCCCGCGGUUGAGGUGCCUGGGAUGGGGUCUCCGCACUGGAAGCGGCUCUGCCUCUUGCUCCUGGCGGGUUUAACAUCCUCCCUGCUCCUCUACGGUCACUACUACGCUACGGUGGAGUCACCCACCAGCCAGAAGAUCCUGGCCAGCCUGCUGCAGCCGGAGCCGCUGGUCCUGGCUCCACCGGAGCCGUCACACCAGGCCAGCAGCCGCAGAUGGGCCCUUGGAGGCAGCUCGAAGCCCUUCAAGCUUUCCACUGCCGAGCUGAAGGAGCCCAAGCCCAGCAGGAAGCAGCCGAGCACGUGCCUCCACUCGGUGAUGAGCAGAGCAAAGGCAGACCCCAAGUUUGGGGAGAUCUUCCGCUUCGACACCCCGGUGCUGAUGUGGGACCAGCACUUCACACCGGAGACCUGGGACAGGCUGAAGACACGGCACGUCCCCUAUGGCUGGCAGGGCUUGUCCCACACAGUGGUGGGCAGCACCCUCCAGCUCCUCAAUACCUCGGCCAACAGGCGCCUCUUCGACAGGGACGGGGUGCCCGGGGGCUGCGUGCGCUGUGCUGUGGUGGGCAACGGCGGCAUCCUCAAUGGCUCACGGCAGGGCACGGCCAUCGACGCACACGACCUGGUCUUCAGGCUCAACGGUGCCAUCAUCAAAGGCUUCGAGGAGGAUGUUGGCACCAAGAUCUCCUUCUACGGCUUCACGGUGAACACCAUGAAGAACUCCCUCAUCGCCUAUGAGGAGUAUGGCUUCACCCAGAUACCCCAGGGCAAGGACCUGAGGUACAUCUUCAUCCCCUCGGAUGCCCGUGACUACAUCAUGCUGAAGUCAGCCAUCCAGGACAGCCCAGUCCCCGAGGGCUCGGACAAAGGGGAUGAGCCACACAAGUAUUUUGGACCGGAGGCAUCUGCUGAGAAGUUCAAGCUGCUGCAUCCAGAUUUCUUGCAGUACCUGACAACCAGGUUCCUGCGGUCGGAGCUGCUGGACACGCGGUAUGGAUCGCUCUAUAUGCCCAGCACUGGUGCCCUCAUGCUCCUCACUGCACUCCACACCUGCGACCAGGUCAGUGCCUAUGGGUUCAUCACCACCAACUACGAGCAGUUCUCAGACCACUACUACGAGGUGGAGAAGAAACCGCUGGUGUUUUAUGCCAACCAUGACAUGAUGCUGGAGGCAGCGCUGUGGAGGAGCCUGCACCGAGCAGGGAUCAUAACCCUGUACCAGCGGUGAGGCUGGGCGGCUGCCCACGGGGGCAAGUUCAAGGACUCCUGUGGCUUUUCUCCUCUUCCCUGAAGGGCCACCUUCUCCCUCCGGAGGGCUCUGCCGAGCCAGCCCAAGGAGCAGACCCGCCACACUGCAGCCAGCAGUGGUAGCAUGGCAAGCAGCAAGCUGAAGCUGGUAGAGAAACGUUGCGUUUCUUCAGCGAUCUCUAACAAUGUUUCAUGGCUCAGUGUGAUUGAAUAUGGCCUUUGGGGCACCAAGAAACACCAGGGCACAUAAUUGUGACCUUCCAGCCCCAUGAACGUGGCUGUGGGGCAGCACUGGCCCCUGUGAGGUACAAGAUGAUGCUGGAAGAAGAUGCUGGAGAUGUGUACCUGUGGCUGGAAAACACCCUUCACCAUCAUGCUCCAGCUCAAAUGCUCACCACCGUGGUGGGACCACAACAGGCGUGAUGGAUCCUUGGAGUGGUGACUGCAUCACUGCAGCAACCCAAAGGUGGUGUGUUUGGAGAACACCUCCCUCCAGACUGCAGAAAACCCCAUCUCCAGCCAGCUCUGGGUUGAGGUGUGCUGCUGUCCACAAGGAUCUGUUUGCCUCCAUGAUCAGCGGGAAAGACAAUGGCUUGGCUGCCCUCUCCUGUGACAGACACACAGUGUGCGCUGUCACUUUCCUCUUCUCCAGGUCAUGGUGUUUUCAAGCAAGGCUUAAAAGCCAUCAGCUAUGAGUAGGGUUACUCAGCUGGGACAUCACCACUGCGGCUGGACCUUGAGCAUCCUGGAGCUGAGAGCAGGCCUGCAGCCCACGUGUGCAGGGGAGUGGGUUUGGUGGGGUUUCCUUCCAUGAGGACUAUGUGGUGCCCUCCAAGUGAGGGGGCAGCCCCAUGCCAGGAGGGUGAUGGACCCUGAGUGAUGGUUACUCCUGCCCAAAAGCCCGAGGAGAUGAUGGUUUUGAACCCAUCAGCCACCCCAUGUAAGCCAGCACUAAGCAAGAGCCUCUGGGGAGGCUGCUCCAGCCAGUGGUGCUGGGGCAGUGCAGAGGGAGGGGUGUGACCAGAGACUUUCCCACUCUGUAAUUACAUCAAUGCUGAAGGAUUGUUCUCUUUUAUGCCUGUUUCUGUUGUUUCCAUGAGGGGGUGAGGCCUCUACCUCCCGCAGCAGAGGGGCUGUAGCAUGUAGUAGAAUGAGCCUUUGGCUGGGGAACAUCCAAAGCGAUGGGGCCAUUCCCCAUCCAGGGUUAAUCCCUGGAGCCCUGUGUGGAUGGCUGUGUUGGAUCUAUGGGAGCAGCUCCGAUCACAGCCUUUUCCACUUGGGAUGCUCUGUGCUGUGCGUCAGCUGAAGGGAACAAUUCACUGCAGAGAUGGCAAGAGAUACGCAGGCUGAGCGCCAGGGAACCUCAAAACCCGCUCGUGCUCACAGCAGGCUGCUUUCAGCCAGUUCAAAGGAGCAGUACGGGAGGUUGGUCUCUGAUUCAGAUGUAAUCUCGAGCUUGGAACCCAUCUUGUGUUCCCAGAUCUCAAAUUAACCUUUGUUUGCAUCAGAGCCACCUCACAAUGGUACCAAGGCAGCCUGUCAGGCCUGUUUUUUAUCCACAAGCACUCAGCAAAACCUCUUGCAUGACAAGAACAAGCCUGAUCCUCACAUCACCUGACCAGGACAGCACCAAAACCUCCCCAAACAAGCUGUGGCCAAGCCUCAGCCCAGCUCAGGCAGGGGACUCAGACCAUGGCAGCACCUUGAUGCACAGGGGAAAAAGAACCCGUUUCACAAAUGAGCACUGUCCUGGUGCAGAUUCCUGCCAGGAAUCCCAUCCAGCUCAUGGGCAGAGCCAUUUGUGCACAUCAGGAACUACACCUCCUUUCUCCUUUCCCAAAGGGGUUUCCGAGCUGAGUGUGUACCCUGCCCCAGAGUUAAACACGCUCCAUUUGACCAGACAAGGAACCCAAUGGCUCUACAACUGCCUCUCCCCUCUUCUCCCUUAUCUUCAAGCAGAACACAAGAGCCGUUUCUGUCACCAGUCCUGGCUUAGCUGCAAGUCAUUUUGUCACACUGCUUUUCCUGUUUCCUAGCAGUUUCUGCUACCAUGAACUGCUUUUCCAGUGUCUGCAGACACUGAGGUCUUGAGGUAUUGGGGAGGAGCAGGUUUUGCUGUAAGGGUAAGCUCACAACUGCUUGCAUUUCUGAAAGGGCUUUAACCCCAAAUCCUUUCUCCCUGCUCAAACCCCUGUUUAAGUAGAUAACCUUGACAAAAAUAACCAAACCAAGUGCAACUCUCAAGAUUUUCCAUAACUUGUUUUAUUCUGGAACAGCAGACAGCAGGGAACCACUUUCUCCUCCUGCCAGGUGCAGAUGGGGUCCUAGCGAAAAAAGAGUGUGUCAGAGCAAAGCAACUGUCAGCUGAAGAGCUCCUGAUCUGCACUAUUUAAUCAAGAGUUCAGGGCUCAGGAGACAAAAAUUGCUCCCCCACAGCACCCAAAUCCUCUUUGGCUUUACUGAGAACUUACCCACGAUGGGGCUGCAGUGAGAAGGAGCCUGCAGUUACACACUGGUGGCCAUUUCACACCAUUUCCAAUGAUGUAUCAGUGGCCAUUUGUGAGACCUGCUCCAGAACCAUCUUCCUUCUGCUGCUUCUAGAGUUGGGAGACACCACAAAGCAACGCUGUAACUGCUUUCCUAGAAAUACUUUGUUCUGAAACCAUCCUUGUUCUUAAAGCACUUUUCCCCCCUUCCUCCUUGGAAGCCAAAAGCCCCACAUGCUCUUCCCAGUGACUGGUCCCACUCACACACAGCGGUAUUGACAGAGCAAUCACUGUGACUGCUGGUUUGGAGCACCAUUCCCUCACGUCCUGCACACCAACCUUGGCUUGUUAGGGAAGUCCACUGUCACCUUUGUUGGUUCAGCCUAUCAGGAAAUGUUACUGAUCUGCAAACAAAUAUAAACUCUUGUUAAAUAAAGCAUGAAAUUAUUUAGCAGAA